GGUGUGUGGGAGAAGGGGAGGAGGAAAAAGGACACAGCCUCCCGUCUCAGGCUGUUUCAGUUCCCACUCGCUCACGUGGGAGUCGGUAUGUUUUGGAGUUCGAGAAGGAAUGUGGACGGCACUGCAGGAUACAUGAGGUUUUAGAGAGGACGCGUGUCAGCGGGACACAGGAUCGCCCUCUGGGAAGCAAGAGUUUGUAAGUGACCUAUAAUGCAGUGAAGAGAGUAUGGUGUUAGGAGCUGAUCUGUAUGCAGAGUGAAAUCCGUCAUGACUGUGAUGUCAUUGCAACGCCGCAGAUUUUGAGUCAUGGGUAACGCAGAGAGUCACAGCGGUGGCCAUGGCUAUUAUGGAGACGGUCAGCGGCACCUGUCCCGUAAACACAUGUCCCGCUCGCUCCGUCUGUCCAGCAAACAGACAUACUGCACCCGCCGGACGCCAUCCGGAAAACCAGAACACCGCAACUCGGAGACCAGUACCCGCUCCAGCAGCACUCCCAGCAUCCCUCAGUCCCUCGCCGACCACGGCCUGGAGCCCUUCAAUGACUCUGACCUGCUGCCCGACUUCAGCAGCCCCAUCUGGGUGGACCGAGUGGCCAUGAAUCUCCGGCCAAUGUCCUUCCACAACCAGCCGCCUCAUUCGCCAGCUGUCAAACCUCCAGAGGAAAGCACACAAGUCCAGCACACACGGAGCCCUACCACGCGGGACGCUUCACAGGAUGGCUUCAAGAAGAAACGCUCCAAAUCUGCGGACAUGUGGCGGGAGGAUUCGCUGGAGGUGUCUCUAUCUGACCUGAGCCAGGAGCACAUGACCAGCACCGAGGAGAUGGCGGACACGCCGGACACACACUCCGCUCAGGACCGUGCCAAUUCUUUAGAUGAGCUCUACGGGACAAAGCCAACGCACGGACGAUACGCCAAAUGGCACAAAGGUGGCGCGGCCGAUGAGGAGAAGAUGAUGAUGUCCCCCUGUGAGGAUGAUGGAGCCGCUUAUGGAGCAUUCACACUGCCCUGCCGGCGCUCUCACUGCCUGUCUGAGGGACCCACCAAUCAGCAGGGAGUUAUGCAAGGGAGGCGGGCACAAACCAUACAGGAUGUGACGGCGGCUGACGGCAGUGAUUAUGAGGACAGUGGUAUCGACGGAGUGACAGUGGCUGACAGUGAGCUCUCUCAGCAUCAGAGCCGCCGCUAUAAGACCAUGUCUGCCUCCUUCUCUGCUUACUCCACGUCAGCGGGGGGCGCCUUCACCGGCAGCGACAGCGGCAGCAGCAGUGGAGCCGCAGCCACACACGCAGACAACACACAGGGCGUGUAUGAGAACUUCCGUCAGGAGCUGGAGCAGAGUGUGUGUCCCGCUGAAGCUCAAGAGGACAGGAGUUGUGUGUUCAGCGAUGAGCAGAGCAGUGUGACUCUGAGCUCGGCGUAUCACACACACACAGAUCCUCUGCUGAGUGUCAGCGCUGUGCAGGGAACGGUGCGCAAAGCCGGACGCCUCGCCGUCAAGAACUUCCUGGUGCACAAGAAGAACAAGAAGGUGGAGCUCGCACCCCGACGCAAGUGGAAGAGCUACUGGGUUUCACUCAAAGGAUGCACUCUGUUUUUCUACGAGACGGACGGCCGUUCGGGCAUCGAUCAUAACAGCGUUCCUAAACACGCCGUGUGGGCUGAGAACAGCAUCGUCCAGGCCGUCCCAGAACACCCUAAAAAAGAUUUUGUUUUCUGCCUGAGCAACUCCCUCGGGGACUCCUUCCUUUUUCAGACGUGCAGUCAGACUGAGCUUGAAAACUGGAUCACAGGGAUUCACUCGGCCUGCGCUGCGGCCGUCGCUCGACAGCACCAUCGGGAAGACACCGUGCGUCUGCUGCGCGCCGAGAUCCGAAAGCUGGAGCAGAAGAUCGACAUGGACGAGAAGAUGAAGAAAAUGGGAGACAUGCAGCUCUCUGCUGUCACCGAUGCCAAGAAGAGGAAGACCAUACUGGAGCAGAUUUUCCUAUGGGAGCAGAAUUUAGAGCAGUUCCACAUGGAUUUGUUCCGUUUCCGCUGUUACCUGUCCAGCCUGCAGGGCGGCGAGCUUCCCAACCCCAAACGCCUGCUGGCCUUCGCCUCCCGUCCCACCAAACUGGCCAUGGGUCGACUAGGCAUCUUUUCGGUUUCAUCCUUCCAUGCGCUGGUGGCAGCUCGCACUGAGAGCGGCGUGAGGCGGCGGUCGCAGGCCAUGUCGCGCUCAACCAGCAAACGCAAGAGUCGCUUCUCCUCACUAUGGGGUCUGGACACCCACUCCAAGAGAAAGAGUAAAGGUCAUCCCAGCAUUGACCAGGUUUUUGCAGAAGGAGAUGAUCCAGUUAAAAGUCCUCUAGAAGGCAUGUUUGAGGGUUCCUCCAGUGAAACAAUGAAAGACACCAAGACUCCAGUCAAAGGUCUGCCAAGGCCGAGUACAGAUCACGACAUCUGGUCCCGGGACCACCUUACUCCAUCAUGGGUGCUGCUGCCAAACGACCAGCCCGUGUUAGCCAUCAUCCAGCCCGGAGAGUCAGCCCUCGACAUGCUGGAGACCAUCUGCAAGGCUCACCAACUGGACGCCACCAAACACUACGUGCGGCUUAAGUUCCUCAUUGAGAACCAAGUGCAGUUCUACAUCCCCAAACCAGAGGAGGAUAUUUACGAUCUGCUGUAUAAGGAAAUCGAGCUGUGCUGUAAGAUCAGGAAGGUGAUCCAGUUUGAUCGGGAUGAGUCCUGCAUGAUCGGCUAUGGUUUCUCCAUCUCUGUGGUGGAGGAGGACGGCGUACAGCAGCUUUACAUCACCGACGUGAGAGCUGGAGGAUUAGCCUUCGCUAAAGGCCUGAAUGCAGGAGAUGAGAUUCUCCAGCUGAACGGGAAGGACUCGCGGACUCUGACCUUCGCUGACAUGAAGGUGGCGUUCGCUCAGGUCUCUCUGUCGCUCACCGUCAACACACUGCCCCCCGUGGAGCGCCGGCAGCUCUGCUUUCUGCCACCCAGACGCUCCGACGCCGUGGACAAUCUCUACACGGACAUCUUCUCUCAGAACCAAGAGGAGAUCCUUGACGAUGGCGUGGGUCUGAUUGUUGAGACUUCAGGAGACAGUUUAGAUGACGACUCGGAGCUCUUCGCCGAGUUUGAUGACUACGGAAAGAGUACGGAGCAGGUGGCAGCGUUCUGCCGCAGUCUGCACGAGAUGAAUCCCUCCUCCUCUGAAUCCGUCUCUUCUUCAUCCGUCCCGGAGUCUUCAUCACUUCCUCCUAGUACCGCCACUCCCCGCCAACUCUCCGAUGCCGACAAACUCCGCAAAGUCAUCUGCGAACUAGUGGAGACGGAGCGCACAUACGUCAAAGAUCUGAACUGUCUGAUUGGCCGAUAUUUGACGCCGCUGCAGAAAGAGUCUUUCCUCACUCAGGAUGAGCUGGAUGUGCUGUUCGGAAACCUCCCGGAGAUGUUGGAGUUCCAAGUGGAGUUUCUGAAGACUCUGGAAGACGGAACCAGAUUGGUGCCUGACCUGGAGAAACUGGAGCGGGUGGAGGAGUUCAAGAAGAUCCUGUUUUCUCUGGGUGGCUCGUUCCUGUAUUACGCCGACCGCUUCAAGAUCUACAGCGCCUUCUGUGCCAGCCACACCAAAGUGCCCAAAGUGCUGGUCAAAGCGAAGACAGACGUAGCCUUCAAGGCCUUUCUGGACGAGCGUAACCCCAAACAGCAGCAUUCGUCCACGCUGGAGUCAUACCUGAUCAAGCCCAUCCAGAGAGUGCUGAAAUACCCUCUGCUGCUGAGAGAACUGCACUCGCUCACUGACCCCGACAGCGAAGAGCACUACCAUCUCAACGUUGCAAUGAAAGCCAUGAACACAGUGGCCAGUCACAUCAAUGAGAUGCAGAAGAUCCACGAGGAGUUUGGAGCUGUGUUUGACCUCCUCAUCUCUGAGCAGACUGGAGAAAAGAAAGAGGUUGCUGACUUGUCUAUGGGAGAUUUACUCCUCCACAGCAGCGUGACAUGGAUCAACCCGUCCUCCUCUCUAGGAAAGUGCAAGAAAGAGCCACAGCUGGCCACAUUCGUGUUUAAGACUGCAGUGGUAUUCAUCUGUAAAGAUUACUCCAAGCAGAAGAAGAAAAUGGGCGGUUCUCAUAGAGCCUCAGUCUCAGGAGAAGAGAAAGAUCCGUUCCGCUUCCGCCACAUGAUCCCCACUGAUGCACUCCAGGUGCGCACGCUGUCCAACACAGAUGGAGAGAGCGCAGCCGUGUGUGAGAUCGUCCAUGUCAAGUCUGAAUCUGAGGGAAGGCCAGAGAGAGUGUUUCAGCUCUGCUGCAGCUCUCCAGAGAGUAAGAAGGACUUCUUGAAGACGGUUCACUCCAUCCUGCGAGAUAAACAGCGGCGUCAGCUCUUAAAGACAGAAAGUCUUCCUCUCAGUCAGCAGUACGUUCCCUUUGGAGGAAAACGCCUGUGUGCUCUUAAAGGAGCCCGACCGGCCAUGAACAGAGCAGUGUCUGCCCCUUCUCGGACUGGCCGCAGGAAACUGGUACGCAACCGCUUCACCAUCGAUACCGACAUCGUUUUCGACACCGAACCGGACAGCGACUCGCCAGACUCUCAGCAUGCUCAGCAAACCGUUGGCGUUCCCGCAGGCGACACCGACCGCUGGGUGGAGGAACAGUUCGAUCUUCAGCGAUACGAGGAGCAGGAGCAGGACGUGAAGGAAACCGACAUCCUGAGCGACGAUGAAGACUUCAGUCCGUCCGCCAUGAGCCCGUCCACAGAACCACUGCUGUCCACACUCUCACUAGAGGGAGACACGGCCGAGGAGGAAGAGGAAGAGGACAGCAGGAAGGACUGCAAAUCCCAGCAUGCAAAGCUGUCCGAUGUGGGGAAGCAAUGCGCCAUGUCUGUGGCCAGUGUGGACGAGCAGGGGACGUCUGAUGAUGUCGUCUGGGUGCGACGGGAGAGCAGUGCGGAGAACGAGACACAGGAGGAAAGCCAGAGCUGAAAGGCAUCAGGAGAGGAUUAAAACUGAGCCGAUGCAUGAUGACACGGUUUCUCUGCGCCAAUAUUCCCGAAUGUUAGACAUUCCUAUACGAACAGCUGUAAGAUAACACGCUUAUCCACCAUAGACACUUAAAGAAACACUCCACUUUUUUGGGGGGAGAAUAUAGAGUUUGAGUUUCACCAUUUUUAAAUCAAUUCAGAAGAUCUCUGGGACUAACGGGAGC